AUGCACUGGGAUCAUGUAAAAUUUGCCGCUGAGCUUGCUUCCUCCAAGGUUGGCAAGGACUACAAGAAGGUAAAGGCGCUACUCGCAACCGUGGCCGAGGACAACUACGAGCGGCGUGAGCACUUCGGCCGUAUACCCCGCACUAUUCCGGUAAGUUUUCAUGAGACGGAAAAGUUUCGGCCACCAUCCGAUGCAGUUCCCGUAAUUUCUUUCUCCAGGAUGAACACAGCGGAUGCGCUGCUGGCACUGGGGCGGCAACGUGGGAAGAAGGUAUGCGCCUUGAACUUUGCAAACGGCAAAGACGUAGGCGGGGGCUACAAAAACGGAGCUUCUGCACAGGAGGAGGACCUUUGCAGGCGAAUACCGCUGCUUUUCUCUUCCCUCCUCGGUGCAAAAAAAGAGGGGCACUACCCCUUUGGUCCGCCAACUUGUACAUCGGCAGACCAACCAGAGAAGUAUCGCGAUGUGCUUUACACCUCGAACCUUCUUGUGGGAAGGGCUGGUCCUGAAGAGGGGUUCCGGAUUUUGAAGCGCGACGAGCAGGUCACGGCGUCCCUGAUCGCUGCUGCAGCGCCCAACAUCAACUUUGACAAAGAUGUCAACGAUGAGCGAUUGAUCUACCAGACGAUGGUGACAAUCUUUGCCGCGCCGCACCUGGUUGAACCAGGCAUCAACACCUUGAUUCUGGGAGCUUGGGGAUGUGGAGCUUUUGGCAACGCUUGA